AUGUCUUCGGUCAGAGCAGAUACAGAUCCUCUUAAUCUGGCUAUCGCCACUGCCGUUGACACUGUUGCCUCGGCGACAUCUUUCGACACGUCCACUGCAGCUCCUCAAAUACACGUUCAUCAUUUUCACCAUCUGUCAUGUGCGCACCAUCCAGACAUUUUGUGCACACCAUUACCCACAGGAACUCCUACGGCUGCUCGUUCAGAGGACGACUACGCUGUUGUAUUGAAUUCUACAAGCAUACGUUCUCCUCUCAGACCAGCACUGCAACCAGCCCAUAACAAGCUUUCUACCGUCGUUUUCACUGCGCCGCGAAAAACGGUAUGCACUGCAACCAUAAGGCACCCUAUUUUGGCAUCUCUCUCUCUGCACGAACCUCGAAACACUCAUUCAUUGGAUCCGGUCGCCCCGUCUGGCUCACUUUUCAAUGUAAGUCUCAUCGGCCCGGGGUGCCAAAAGUUAAUCAACUCGACCCUGCAUCCGAACCUCGGCAGAAUCAAGCACGCUCCCACCCCCGCCUCUCGCAAGAUCGACCACGCGCCCUUGCCAAAGGCCGGCAGCGAAUUGUCAGACGGCCUAAUUGCAUACCUCUGCUUCCGCCGAUGUCGCCUCUGCUUGCGCGCUCUGCUGCUGCCGCUGCCGCCGGCCGAAGGAUCACGCAAGCACCCGCGUCCGUGCAACCAGGAGCGCACACACACGGACGCAACCGCCCAGUUUGGCACGCUGCCAAAUUCUGUCGUCCCUGGAGCGUGGGUUGUUUAUUUCUCUGGGAUGGUGGCAGUGGAGGAAUGA